AUGUCGCUGCCGCUGCCCGCUUCAACCGCGUCGCCGCCGGAUGCCAACGUGUCCAUGCCGAUCCUGUCCACACCGCUUCCGCAAACAUCUCUGCCCGCGGGAUCGCUGCCGCUGGCCGCCGGGGCUUCAUCCUCCGCCGUGGGGGUGAUGACCAACGAGCAGCUCACCACGGCCGUCCUCCACCUCGGCAGGAUGAUGGCCGGCGUCCACGCAUUCCUCUUAGGACCGCAGCCAGGCGUGGCACCGACUCACCCGCAGCCGCAGCUGCCGCCGGCGCCCAACCCGCAGCAGCAGCUGCCUUCGCCCGCCUCGGGCGCCGUCUACCCCUACGGGAUGCCGCAGGACGGCACGGCGCACACCACCGCGCCAGCCCCGGCGAUGUCCCCCGGCGGCGUCCCCAUCCAGGAGAUCCAGUUCCCCCACUCGCCGUCCCCGCUUCCGCCGUGGCUCACCGACGUCGCGCUGCCAGUCUACUCCUCUGCGCCGGCGUGCCCGUCGGUCCAUUCAACCCCUCACAUCACAGCGGGCUUCGGCCAUGGGGGCGUUCCAGCGUCGGGAACGUUCUAUGGCGGCGUUGACGGCCCAAUCCUCCACGGCUCCACCUUCUGGUCCGCGCCGGCUGCAGUUCCAGCGAUCGGCGGGGCGCCCUCGGCGGCCGCUCCCGAGACGUUCGGCGCGGCGCCCUUCCAGCCUCGGACCUACAAGAUCGACUUUGCGACAUACGACGGCUCGGUCGACCCGCUGAAUUGGCUCACACACUGUGAACAAUUCUUCUGGGGCCAGCGCACUCCGGUGGAGCAGCGGACGUGGAUGGCCUCCUACCACCUCACCGGCGCCGCUCAGACAUGGUACUACGCCCUCCUGUUGGACGAGGGCAUGCCGUCCUGGGAGCGCUUCAAGGAGCUUUGCUGCCUUCGCUUCGGACCGCCUAUAUACGGUUCGCGGCUGGCCGAGUUGGGGCGCCUUCCUUUCCACUCCACGGUCCAGGAGUUUGCGGACCGCUUCCAGACGGUGCUGGCGCACUCCAGGGACAUCUCCACGCGCCAAAAGGCGGAGCUCUUCGUCGGCGGCCUCCCGGAACACAUUCGGGUCGACGUCGCGAUGCGCCCCCCCCCGACCUCCAGACGGCCAUGUUUCUCGCCCGCACCAUCGAGACACGGGCUCUAG